AUGAACAACGACCAGACACGCUACUUCGACUCCACACCCGCCAGCCAGUUCAACCUCAAGGACUGGGCAAAAAUAGCCGACUCACUCGACCCCGCCACUCUCGACCAGCUGUGGACAUCCCAGGCACUCCGUCGCCUCAGGAACUCUGAACGCGAGGCAGACCGCGCUGCAUACAAUCGACUCUCUCGCGUCAAACAACCAGAACGACUCGAAAUAUUCAGUAUCGUCGUAGCCGAUCGCAAGCUGAAGGCUAGUCUAAGGCCACUGGUAACACAGGACAAGAUCAAUGUUGCCCUGCAGCAGUCAAAGGACCUCGCCAAAGAAGUCAGAAAGGGGAAGCUAAGCAAGCAAUCCCUGAAGGCGACAAGGACAGGAGGAUCAGAGUCCCCAACAGGCAUAACGGAAGAGCAAACGACGCAUGUCCGAUACCCAGGAUCACUAACACCAAUAUUAUCAACACAAAUACCCGACGCGUUAUCCGCCUUCAACCACGACUCUGACAGCAUCGAGUUCUUUCAGGGAUCGCCGCCGCCAACGAGUUCCCCGGCUGUUACCGAAGAUGAUCCCCAGCGCGAUACAAGCCUGUCCAUUGCGGGUCACUUUGCACUGCUUAAUCAGCGAACCCGAUGGUCCAACAUCCUCCCAAGAUUCGAGGAGUACCGUCAAGACCAGAACUGGACUUUGGAUCUAUCUCCCGAUGGCAUCAUGGACCUGACGCUUGGUUCUCGUUUCACAGCGACAUUAGACGACCAAGACCUACUGACGAUCUUGGAGGACCAACCAAUGUUAACGCAGAAGUUCAAGGAGUUGACAGAGCUAGAUGAGCUCUUGGGUGAAGACUGUUCGUUCGAGGCGAUCAGUGAAAGGAUGUUUAACACGCCGUUGAAUACUCCUGUCCGGCGAUUUCUAUAUGGCGUCGUCCACGCAUACUCCAGAUACUUUCCUUGGAAAACAGUCAUACCGGCACUGGAGGAGAAACAAGGGAUGUUCGCUAUCCUUUGCCCGUUUAUCCAAGGAGCACUGGACGUGUACCACAUCGAAUCCUUCAUGAGCGAGAUCGCCAUUACAGCAUCCGGAGAACGCAAGAACGCAGACAAGGACUAUGGCGAGCGGAUGGAAAAGAGUCGUCGAGCGGACAUGAUUGCGGUCGACUCAGAAGACAACCAAGUCCUCCUCUCCGAAUGUUCCUCAAUAUACGAAAAGGACAAGCGCAAGUUUGCAGAGGACAAGUGGAAGCUCGGGCGUGCGCUCAAGGACAGCUGGGACAGUACUGUUCGCAAGGUUGUGCAGUCCUACCACCCUCAUCAGGAUCUGGCGACGUUUGGUAUCCAAUUCUUUUCGCAUCGACUGGUCUUUUAUAAGAUGGAUUUUCGUGGGGAGCAUCGGCUAUGGCAAAUGGACUCGUGCGAUAUUCCUUUACAGAUGAGCACAGGGUUUGAGAAGAAGUUCCGGGCGAGUUGUAGGAACUCGUUGUGUUUUGCACAUAUGGUGGCAGAGGAGAUCUGCGUCCGGGGGGCGCUUCCUUUCCUAAGUAUGAAGGAGAAGAUUAUCCUUGGACGCGCUGCUCAGCGCAUUAAGCCCACGACGGACAGUCCACCCUUCAAGAAAGCGCAUUGA